AUGUCGCUAGUAUCAGGACCAGGACGAGGAGGCACACACGCCCACGACCUUCAUCAGAAGCUUGAUCUUUUCACUGACAAACAUGUUACUUACAUCAAAAGCUUGGACACUCGGAGAAAUGAAUUAGAGUAUUGGCUCACUGAGCAUCUUCGCCUUAACGGUGUAUAUUGGGGUCUUACUGCUUUGCACUUGCUUGGCCAUCCCGAAGCUCUGCCACGCGAUGAGACCAUAGACUUUGUGCUUUCAUGCCUGCAUGAGAACGGAGGCUUUGGUGCCGCCCCAGGCCAUGAUCCCCACAUGCUCUACACUGUUAGCGCAGUGCAAAUCCUAGUCACCUUGGAUGCUAUAGACGAACUAUCGACGAGAAAUAAAGGAGGAAAGGAAAAGGUCGGACAAUUCAUUGCUAGCCUACAAGACGUUCGCACUGGCAGUUUUUGCGGCGACGAGUGGGGCGAAACAGAUACACGCUUUCUCUAUGGAGCUUUGAACGCCCUCUCGUUGUUGCAUCUCACUCACCUCAUAGACAUGGAAAAAGCAGUCUCUCAUGUCGCCUCCUGCGCAAACUUCGACGGCGGUUAUGGUAUAUCUGCAGGCGCCGAAUCACAUGCGGGCCAGAUAUUUACUUGUGUCGGCGCUUUGGCAAUAGCUAACCGGCUGGAUCUAGUUGACAGAAACAAGCUCGGAAUUUGGCUUUCGGAACGCCAGCUUCCCAAUGGUGGCUUAAAUGGCCGCCCAGAGAAGCUGGAAGAUGUGUGUUACAGCUGGUGGGUUGCGAGCAGCUUAGCUAUGAUUGACAGGCUACACUGGAUCGACAGCGAGAAACUUGCAAAAUUCAUCCUCACAUGUCAAGACCCUUCCAUGGGAGGGCUUGCCGAUAGACCUGGGGAUAUGGUGGAUGUUUUUCACACCCACUUUGGCAUAGCUGGACUCAGCCUUCUUCAAUAUCCCGGUCUCGAAGAAGUUGAUCCUGUAUACUGCAUGCCGCGUAAGGUGACGAGACGUGUUCUCGAACACAGAUAG